GCUCGUCCAGCCUCGUCUCGAGGGAGAUAUCCUCGAGUCCUACCAUGACGGUGCCCUGCAAUAGGAGGCACGGCGACCUGUUCAUCGGUGCUCUCUGGCUCUGUUACGGCGUCGACUACUGCAGGAGGAGCAAGUCUUGUAGUGUCCUGCCUCCACGUGUGGAUCUGAAUGCUUGGUCUCGUCGCGAAGGCCCUUCCACGGCUACUCUGUCGUCGAAGUUCGGGUGUUCUUUGACAUCAGCAACAAAGGGCCGCCUUGAGCAUGUGUAUGUGAGGUUGAAGUGUUGCUUCUCCAUGGUUGCAGCGAUGAAGCAGGUGUUUUGCAGGUAACUUUGGAUCGUGUAAUGUUAUAGGCGCUGGAGGUCUGUGAUUACUUGCAACUUUACAAGCAAGCAGGCAGGCAGGCAGUGGCCUCUUGUUGGUGUACAUGGUAAAGGUGAGCUUGUGCUUCUUCCCAUGGUGGUUUUGCUGUGUUUGGAAUGUUAAACCUGGCCGGAGCUUGAGGUGUUUGUAUUUAAAACGAGGUUUUUGUGUCUAUAUAUAAUGUUGGCUGGUUGGAAUCUUUGGGGAGCUGAUCGGUUCUUGAUCUCCAUAAGCUUGUGCGUGUGCUCUUUGGGAACUUGGUCUACGUAAUAUAGCAAGCAAGAAGGUUUGUUGUUCGCAGCUGAUUAUGAUG